UCCCUCCCAUUCCCUUUCCUUGCUGAGAAGCCUCACUUGGAGGACUAGCCUGUGUGGGGAUCGGGGAGGGCGGUGUUUUAGCCUGGCUGGUACCCCAGGCUGGGGGUUAGCUGGGAGGAAAGGGAAGAGCCUCUGGGGCCGUUAGGACUGGCCGGGAGGGACGGCCAUGCUGCCCAUGUGGGUCUCCUGUGGCCCACACAGGUCCUGAGCCGUGCCGUAGCACCUGCCCCUUGCCCUCCUGGGUCCUAGCUCAGGGGAUGCCCUGGGUCCCGUGGGUGGUCAGCAUCUGAUGAGCAGAGAACAGGGCAGCAAAGGCUGGGGGUCGUGUUCUGCUGGUGAGUGCCGGGUGUGGCUGCUGCUGUGUCUCUCUGAGGGGCCCAGCUUCUCCUGAGACCCAGGGGUAUGGUUAAGAGCUGCUGCUGACUUUCGGCUUCAGACGCACUCUCCUCUUGGGCCUCUGCAUGCUCAUUUAGUUUAUUUUUAAAAAUCAGUGAACGUCUGUAAACCUACAACCCGAGAAAAGCCAGGAUUGUGGGGACACCUAGCCCUUCGGGGCCCCCACAGCCACCAGCCCCAUCCUCUGCCCUGGGUCUGGGGUGUUUGUGCUUUCUGCCCUGAACAGUGUCACCGCACCCUGACGCAGUCCUGAGAUGGGUUUUGGGGUUUUAUUAAGUUUCCCUGCUGCCUGUACUUCGGGGACCUUUUAAGCUUGACGCUAACAAAAGGAAGGGAUACUGCAGCUUGGUGUCCCCCCCCGGAGUGUUCUGGCUGCGGGGCAGCGUUUGCCCAUGUCCCGUCCUGGCGUCAGGCACGGAUCUGGAGGGCAGAGCCCAGGGGUGAGCCGAGACUGCCCAGGCAGAGUCCAGUCCCAGGUCCCAGAUAUGCCUAGGAUGUGGAAAUGGGCCACCUGGGGGCCAGGUCACAGGGCUGUGGGCACAUCUGCAGGAGGACCGGGGGUUUCCUCGGCCUGGGUGCCCCCCCCCCCACGCCCGGGGCUGGGGAGCCUUUGGCCUAAGGAACACCCUGCACCUUGCCCUCUGGUCCACAAGCCUUCUGAGCGCUUGGGGGGGGGGGGGCAGUGCCAAAGGGUACGGGGUCUGGAAGCCCAGCGAGAGGAGAGGUUGUUCUCUUGGGUUUCCCAGGAGCGCUGCCCAUGACCCUGAAGCCUGGCCCAGCCUAGGGUGGGGGCCUGAGCCAUGUUCCGCUCCAGUGGGCCGUGUCAGCCUUGUCAUCAGCCGGACGGCCAGCUGGCUCCUGGAAGUCCAUCAUCCAACAGUCGUGCUCGUCAACAACUGCUUGGAAUCACCCAGAAGGUCUUCGGCAAACACCCCCUAACACAUGACACACCCUGGAAUCGGGAGUCCAGACCUCCCCCUGCCCAGGCUCCUGUGGCCAUGAUGCUGGGGGCAGGGGCAGGGUGGAGGCUGGGAGGGGGGUUACUUUCCACAUCACUUCUCCCCGCUCACUCACCCUGCACUCACUCCAAAGUCCUGCCCCACGUUGCGUCUCAGGCUUGCAUACAGAGAAUACCAGGGGGCUUUGCAAGGUCAAGGGUAUUGCUGGAAAGGGGACAGGGGGUGGAGCCAGGGGGCUGUUCGGUCUCAUGGUUGGGACGUUCCUGGACCUCAGUGGAGGCGGAGUGUUCCCACCACAGCCCUGGCAAGUGCUCCCCAUCAGGGCCUCCUUCCCCCAGAGCUGGUCUUCUGCACAGCCGCAGGGUGGGCUGGACCCCAUAGGCCCAGGCCCCGGGAGCUGCCCUCCCAUCCCCGCACCUGCACUGGGGAGGCACUCUUCUGGGAACAGGCUCUGUCAGGGACGCACAACCUGCCCUCCUGGCCAUGGGUGGCGCCGUGGUGGACGAGGGCCCCACGGGCAUCAAGGCCCCGGACGGAGGCUGGGGCUGGGCCGUUCUUUUCGGCUGCUUUGUCAUCACGGGCUUCUCCUACGCCUUCCCCAAGGCGGUCAGUGUCUUCUUCAAGGAGCUCAUGCGUGAGUUUGGGAUUGGCUACAGCGACACGGCCUGGAUCUCCUCCAUCCUGCUGGCCAUGUUGUACGGGACAGGCCCACUGUGCAGUGUGUGCGUGAACCGCUUUGGCUGCCGGCCCGUCAUGCUCACGGGGGGCCUCCUGGCGUCCCUGGGCAUGGUGGCCGCGUCCUUCUGCAGAAGCGUCAUCCAGCUCUAUCUCACCACUGGGGUGAUUACUGGCCUGGGUUUGGCGCUCAACUUCCAGCCGUCGCUCAUCAUGCUCAACCGCUACUUCAAUAAGCGGCGCCCCAUGGCCAAUGGGCUGGCGGCCGCAGGCAGCCCCGUGUUCCUGUGCGCCCUAUCCCCGCUGGGCCAGCUGCUGCAGGACCGCUACGGCUGGCGGGGCGGCUUCCUCAUCCUGGGUGGCCUCCUCCUCAACUGUUGCGUGUGCGCCGCGCUCAUGAGGCCCCUGCGGGCGCCCGGGCCAGCUCCGGGCCCCGCGCCGCAGCAGCCGCCACGCCGGCUGCUGGACCUGAGUGUCUUCCGGGACCGCGGCUUCGUCAUCUACGCCGUAGCCGCCUCCAUCAUGGUGCUGGGGCUCUUCGUGCCCCCCGUGUUCGUGGUGAGCUACGCCAAGGACCUGGGUGUGCCCGACGGCCAGGCCGCCUUUCUGCUCACCGUGCUGGGCUUCAUCGACAUCUUUGCCCGGCCCACUGCCGGCUUCAUCACAGGCCUGGAGAAGGUGCGGCCCUACUCUGUCUACCUCUUCAGCUUCUCCAUGUUCUUCAACGGCUUCACAGACCUCACGGGGUCCACAGCCGGCGACUACGGAGGCCUGGUCGUCUUCUGCAUCUUCUUCGGCAUCUCCUACGGCAUGGUGGGAGCCCUGCAGUUCGAGGUGCUCAUGGCUAUCGUGGGCACUCAGAAGUUCUCCAGCGCCAUCGGCCUCGUGCUGCUGCUGGAGGCCGUCGCCGUGCUCAUUGGGCCCCCGUCGGGAGGCAAGCUCCUGGACGCGACGCACGUCUACCAGUACGUGUUUGUCCUGGCGGGGGCGGAGGUGCUGGCCUCCUCCCUCGUGCUGGUGCUGGGCAACUUCUUCUGCAUUAGGAAGAGGCCCGAGGCGGCCGUGGAGGAGGAGGAGCGCCGCAAGCCCCCCGUAGACGUGAGGGUGGACUCCCGGGAGGUGGAGCACUUCCUGAAAGCAGAGCCCGAGAGAAACGGAGAGGUCGUUCACACGCCAGAAACGAGCGUCUGAGCCCGGGAGGCCAGCGGGGGUGACGGAGCCGGACAGACUUCAACGCUCAUGUUUAUUUCACAGUCAGGACUAGCUUGGCCGCCCGCGGGUCUCCGGGGAGGUGGUGGGCGGGGAACCGCGUCAUUCCACACUGUGGUGAAGCUGAACCGCGAGGUCACGAGCCGUCUGCACUGGGGACCCAAGCCUGCUGACCCCGGAGCUGCCCGGUGCCCACCGCUGAGCUCAGGGACCUAGAAACCCACGCUUCAGAGACAACAUGGCGGGCGUCAGAGGGCGGGGCUGGGGAGAGCCCGCGCAGUGGCGCCGUCUCGGGAGGGGCUUCCCCAUGGCUGCCUGGCUGCGCCCUGCCUGCCCCUCGCGGGGUGCCUGGGAGACAAAACUGCCUUCCUGGACCUCUGAAGGUCUGAAAUAAACCUGCCUGUGGGAGGAGCCACUUUGGAAGGCUCUUCACGGA